AUGACCUCUUCUCAAGUCACCUUUGAAGUAAGAGGACCAUCAGUACCAGGAGAGGUGUUUGCAGUAUGUGGGAGCUGCAGUGCUUUGGGAAAUUGGAAUCCACAAGUUGCAGUGGUCCUCCAAACUGACGAUCGUCAAUUAUGGAAAGCUACUGUAGAGCUUCCUAGAGGAGUUCCUGUUCGAUAUCGGUAUUUUAAAGGGUACUUCCUAGAACCUAAGACUAUCGAUGGUCCCUGCGAAGUCAUAGUUCACACGUGGGAGACUCAUCUACAACCACGAUCAAUUACCCCUUUAGAAAAUGAAAUUACUAUUGACGAUGGAUACUUUGGAAUCCGUAAUGGUAUUGAAACUGUGGAUGCUGGGUGGCUGACAUGUCAGACAGAAAUAAGAUUACGUUUACAUUAUUCUGAGAAACCUCCUGUAGUGAUAUCUAAGAAGAAAUUUAAAACGUCAAGGUUUAGAGUAAAAUUGACUCUAGAAGGCCUAGAGGAAGAUGAGGAUGACGAAGAGGGCCAAGAAAAAACAUCUCCUACUGUCCCUCAGAAAAUGGCAAACACUGUGGAGUUCUCCUUAAUAAGUAACAACGAAUAUAAAUGUCGACACUCUCAGCCAGACUGUGGUUAUGCUUUGCAGCCAGACCGAUGGAUAGAAUACACAAUACAAACCAUGGAGCCUGAUAACUUGGAACUAAUCUUUGAUUUUUUUGAGGAAGAUUUAGGUGAGAAAGUAGUACAAGGCGAUGUGCUCCCAGGUCAUGUAGGUUCUGCCUGCCUCCUGUCAUCCACAAUUGCAGAACUCGGGAAGAGUGCAGGAAUUCUUACACUUGCUAUUAUGAGCAGAAAUCCAAGGAAGACAAUUGGAAAAGUUAGAGUGGACUACAUAAUUAUUAAGCCAAUCCAGGGGUACACUUGUGAUAUGAAGGCUUCAUACGCAAAAUACUGGAAACCAAGAACAACCCUAGAUGUUGGACACAGGGGAGCAGGAAAUUCUACAACAACAGCUAAACUUGCUAAAGUUCAAGAGAACACUAUUGCCUCUCUAAGGAAUGCUGCCAGUCACGGAGCUGCAUAUGUGGAAUUUGACGUACAUCUUUCUAAAGAUCAUAUUCCUAUUGUAUACCAUGACCUCACAUGUUGCAUGGCCAUGAAAAAGAAACUGGAUACGGAGCCUUUGGAACUAUUUGAGAUUGCAGUCAAAGAACUCACGUUCGAUCAGCUGCAGUUAUUGAAGCUGGCUCACGUGACUGCCCUGAAAGUAAAAGAUCACAAUGCAUCUUUUAAAGAAGAAGAAAACUCUGCAUUUGAGACCCAGCCAUUUCCUUCUCUGCAGAGAGUCCUGGAGUCUGUUUCUGAAGAUGUUGGGUUCAACAUAGAAAUAAAAUGGAUCUGCCAACAAAGGGAUGGCCAGUGGGAUGGCAACUUGUCAACUUACUUUGAUAUGAACCUCUUUCUAGAUAUUAUUCUAAAAACCGUUUUGAUGAACGCUGGAACAAGAAGAAUUGUAUUUUCUUCUUUUAAUGCAGAUAUUUGUACAAUGGUUCGGCAUAAGCAAAACAAGUAUCCUGUGUUAUUUCUCACCCAAGGAGAAUCUAAACUUUAUCCAGAACUUAUGGAUCUUAGGUCUCGUACAACUCCAAUCGCCAUUACUUUUGCACAGUUUGAAAACUUGCUGGGAAUUAAUGUGCACUCUGAAGACCUGCUGAGGAAUCCAUCAUUUAUUAAAAGGGCCAAAUCUAAAGGCCUAGUUAUUUUUUCAUGGGGUGAUGAUGCAAAUGACCCAGAUAACAGGAAGAAGUUGAGAGAAUAUGGUGUUCAUGGGCUAAUAUAUGACAGGAUAUAUGACUCGAAUCCUGAACAGCCAAAUAUAUUCCAGGUGGAACAGCUGGAACGUCUCAAGAAAGAAUUACCAGAGUUGAAAAGCUGUGUGUGUCCCACAGUUAGUCACUUUAAAUCCAUAUCUCCAUGUAAAUGCCAUCAUAGUUGUCUGGAAGAGAAGGCCAUAGAUAACUUGAAGAGCGUUCAGAUGCAAAAGGACUGAUUCUAGGCAGAAUGCUGUUUUGUAUC